UUAAGAAUGAGAGCACUUUAUCGUAUAUACAUUUUUCAUAUACAUUAUAAGGUUUCAUUUACAGUGUGUUAGUAAUGAUCUACAGAGUUGUAGAGCGUUGAGUUGCUUGAGAUCAAGCUUUUAUCAUGAACAAAGCUACAUUAGAGACGCGAUUCUUGAAAAUAACGAAAAUAUUUGCGAAACUGGGCGGGAUUUGGCCAGAUCAAAAUAAAGUAAAAUUCAUUUUGUGGGCUAUGGUGCAUAUUACCAUGGGAUCGUUUGUCGUUGUACAGGUAGCAAGAGUCGUACAUAUAGGUACUUUGGAAGUUGUGAUAGAGCAGUCGUCUUUAAUAGGUGCGACAAUUCUUAUGAUCAUAAAGCAUGGUAACUAUGUUCUGAACGCUGAAAAGCUCAAGUCUCUUUUGAAUGACAUGUCCGAGGACUGGGCAAUCGAUCGAUUGAAACAAGAAUUUUCCAUUAUGACGACAUACGCUAAUAGAGGAAGCAUUCUUGCGAUGUUCUACUUUGUAAACGCGUGUAUAUGCGCAUUCCUUUUCGUACAACUGCCAUGGACAAUGCGUCUGGUACACAUGAUAAAACCACAAAAUACAUCGCCACCCAUGUUAUAUACUAUACCAGCAUACUAUUUUGUCGAGGAUGACCUCAAAUAUUAUUACUACAUUCAAAUAUAUCUGGGCCUCGCUAUAUAUGUGGUGCUAAUCGUGUUCGUCAGUUGUGACACUUGUUACAUGGUCCUCGUGCAGCAUGCUUGCGGACUGUUGACUGUGGCUGGAUAUCGCUUCAAGAAUGCUAUCAACGACUUUUCUUUCAAUACGAAGAUUUCUGAAAAGAAGGUGAAGGAGACAUAUGACAGAGUACGCUUUUCCAUACAGGGACACCAACGGGCAAUAAUGUUUCUGGAAAAAAUUGAGAGCGCACACGUUACAUAUCUUUUUAUGUGUAUGGGCAUAAUAGUCUUGUGCGUUAGUAUUACGAUGGUACAGAUCGCUACGAUGGAACUAUGUAUGGAUUUUUACAAGUUUACUAGCUUUCUAAUUAUUCAAUUCUUGCAUCUGUUCUACCUAACGAUGCAGGGUCAGUUUGUCAUAAAUUCGUCUGAUGAGAUUUAUGAUGCAAUAUACGAGGCAUCGUGGUACAAAAUGAGUACAAAAACGCAAGCAUUAUACAUAUUAGCGUUGCGGCGAAGUCUAACUCCAUGCUAUCUAACUGCCGGCGGUUUAAUACAAUUGAACAUGCAAAGCUUUUCAGAAGUGAUAAAACUAUGCGUUUCAUACUAUACAGUGCUGAGAUCGACAUGAAAAACGGAUAGAUAUCCAGUGAUUCACAGUAGAUGCAUUAUUGAGAGCGAUCGUUUUAUCAAUAUCACUAUGAUUAAUAUUGUAAAAUAACUUAAUAAAA